GCUUACUGCUCAGUCCUGCGGAGUUUACUUUCCCAUUCUGUUUCUAGCUGUGUCUUAUUUUGAUUGAAGAGGGCCAAAUAACGAAGGAUCUGUUCCUCCACAUGUCACAGCAUGCGUCUUGCGUGUAAACUGGAGAGCUAAUGGAAUGUCCACCACUACUACCACCACCGCUACAGGCCAUAUGCUACCGAACGAGGCCCCGGACGUAGAUCGGUUGGGUUCAGCCGAUUACGAUCCAGUCGAUCACCUAAACGCAAUCUUUUCCCACCCCUCAACGCUGUCGUCCGUAUCCCAAGUUUCCCAUGCCCUCGGGACCUACGAGGAUGAAUUGGACAAUGAUAUCAGUGCCCUGGUCGAGGAGCAGGUUACCUCCAAUGCAGAGAGCGUGGAGCGCAUUCAAGCCGCAAAGGCCGACCUGACGGAACUGUUCAAGAAGAUCGACGAUGUCCGGGAGCGCGCGUUGAAGACUGAGCAGGCGAUCACAGAGAUGACAGCAGACAUAAAGCAAUUGGACAAUGUGAAGAAGAAUCUCACGCUGUCCAUGACGGCGUUGAAGAGACUGCAGAUGUUGACCACGGCGUACGACCAGCUCCGUGUCCUCAGCAAGACAAGACAGUACCGCGACUGCUCCCAAUUACUCCAGGCGGUCAUUCAGCUCAUGACUCAUUUCAAAACGUAUCGGUCCAUCGAUCAGAUUGCAAUUCUCAGCAAGAACGUGGCGGAUAUCCAGCGGGAAUUGAUGGAGCAGGUCUGCGAGGAUUUUGAGCUGGCGUUUGCUAAGGGCGAGAUUGCUCAGAAAAGAGGGAUGCUUGCGGAGGGCUGCCUGGUUAUGGAUGCGCUGGGCGAAAACGCGCGAUCGAGACUGGUGACCUGGUACUGCAACACACAGUUGCGUGAAUACAGGCAGGUUUUCAGAAACCAUGAGGAGGCCGGUUCGCUGGACAAUAUUUCUCGGAGGUAUUCCUGGUUCAGGCGCCUUUUGAAGAAUUAUGAUGAAGAGCAUGCGGUUAUAUUUCCAGCUUCUUGGAAGGUAAAUGAGAUCCUCGCGAAUGUCUUCUGUGAGGGGACGAGAGAUGAUUUUAAAGAAAUCCUCGCACGGAACACGCGAAGUGGUCAGACACUCGAUAUCAAUUUGCUUCUUUCAUGUCUACAAGAGACACUUGACUUCGAGCAUUCCCUGGAGCGACGGUUUGCGACUGGUUCUCGUCUGUCUACGGAUACCUUCACCUCCAACGAAGCAGCUCCAGUCUUCGGUCAAGCGAUAUCUGAGGCCUUUGAGCCGUACCUCAGUGUAUGGGUUGAGGCCCAGGAUAAACAGCUUGCCACACUUAUACCAAAGUACCGGCAGCAGCCUUUGAGACCCCCAGACGAGGAAUUCAACUCGCAUGCUGUCAUUUCAUCUUCUACGGAAUUGUUUGCAUUCUAUCGACACUCCUUGCAACAAUGCUCGAAACUCUCGACCAGCGGGAGUCUUGCCGAAUUGGCAAGGGUAUUCGCUAAGUAUCUGGACCAAUAUGCACAGCAGAUUCUUCUAAGUUACAUAAGUGAACGUCCUACUGGCCACACACCGUCUAAGGUGCCGUCGGUGGAAGAUCUUAUAUUGGUUCUGAACACAGCAGACUACUGUUACACAACCUGCAAUCAGCUGGAGGAGAAAAUUAAAGGCCGGAUUGAUGAGAAUCUAAAACAGACAGUGGACUUACAAAGCCAAGCGGAUUCGUUCAUGGGAAUCGCCUCUUCUGCUGUACGGGCUCUCGUCCACAGGGUGGAGCUUGAUCUCGAGCCGUGUUGGAGGGAGAUGCGAAAUGUACCCUGGAGCAAAUUGGAGUCUGUUAAUGACCACAGUCCUUACAUUGGUGAACUAUUGACCAAGUGCAAGGCACGAUCGGAGGAGUUUCUUCCCUUGUUGCAUAAGCAUCAGUACGCCCGGGCAUUUGCAGAUCAUCUCGUGGAGCUUCUGUCGAACUCGUUCAUCAGUAACAUCUUCCAAUGCAAGCCUAUCUCAGAGACUGGGGCAGAACAGAUGCUUCUUGAUUCUUAUUCCCUCAAGACCGGCCUGGCAUCACUUCUUCCGGCCCCAGCCCCAACCGGCUUUGUCAAGCGCGUAAAUACCAGCUUCGCUAAAAUUGAACCUAUCCUGAAAACUCUCCAAGUUCGCCCUUCUCCCCCAGAAGCUCUCGUCCAGGCCUACCUCGUGCAUGUUGCCGACAAGAGCAAUACCAAUUUCCGCAAGAUCCUCGACAUCAAGGGCAUCCGCAGCCGACAGGAACAAAACAACCUUGUCGAGCUAUUCCAGAUUCACCGAGAGGCAGAUCGCCACAAGGGCAACCUUAAGAACAGUAACCCCUUUCUAACUGCGCUGCAGAAUCCAACUGCGAUGGCCUCAAGUAGCGUUCCCCAAGGGUUAGGACUGGGGACGUUGACUACAACGACUACUGCCUCUACUCUGCCUGGAAGGUUUGAUGCAUCGCUUCUCGGAUCUGCCAUCUUCUCCGCCGCUAAAGAUGGCGUGGAUAGAUUGGGGACCCCUAGCUUGACUACUACACUUGGCGGAGCGAGCAGUAAUGGCAAUAGUGCCUCUGCAAGCGCAGCAGCAGGCAUAGGUACGGGCGUCUCUGGAAGCCCUACUCCAGGGGGAACAGGGAUAACAGGCUCCGGGCCCACGUCUCCUGGACUGUCCGUGCAACAGAGCUCCACACCGCAAGCUUCGGAGAGCACCACCAGCACCGCUACGAACUUGAACGAGAACCUCAAGAACUUAGGCAAGUUCUUCAAGAGAGAUCUUGGUGGGUUUGGGGGACGAUUCGGUAGGGGCGGUGAUGAUUCCAGCAGUGCUGCUGGGUCUGCAUCAGCGUCGUAG